UGUAUCAUACCCAAUCAUCAAAACUUCAGCUCUGCUGGGGCUGCUGCUGCUGCUGCUUCUUCUUCUUCUUCUUCUUCUUCUCUCUAUCCACCGCCUCCCCCUUCCCCGUCCUCCUCUCUCAGUCCGAAGCCAAUUACUGAGCAGCUUGCAUUCGUCUUCCUCUCCUGCGGUUCCUGGAGCUACGUCUUCUUGGCCCCUGCCCUCUGAUUCGCCGCUCCGCUCUCCCUCCUUCUGCCGCAAAGGGGGACACUCAUGGCGAGGCUAGUAGUUCUGGCAUCGCUGCUUGCCGUAAUUGGCCUCGCGCAGGGGGAGGCGCAAUGUGCGCGGUACAGCGGGCGGCCGCGGCCACAUAGCGUGACCAUCACUGAGUUUGGGGCCGUCGGCGACGGCCUGACCGUCAAUACGGUGCCCUUCCAGAACGCCAUCUUCUACCUGCGGUCCUUUGCCGACAAGGGUGGCGCACAGCUGUACGUGCCCAAGGGGCGGUGGCUCACCGGCAGCUUCAACCUCACCAGCCACCUCACCCUCUUCCUGGAGAAGGACGCUGUCAUCAUAGGCACCAAGGAUGUGACACAAUGGCCAAUUGUGGAACCUUUGCCAUCAUAUGGCCAAGGAAUUGAUCUUCCGGGUGCAAGGCAUCGCAGCUUAAUAAAUGGGCACAAUGUUACCGAUGUCAUAAUUACAGGGAACAAUGGAAUCGUAGACGGCCAGGGUUUGAUAUGGUGGAAUUGGUUUCGCUCAAACAAAUUGAACUAUAGCCGGCCUCAUCUUGUGGAGUUUGAGGAUUCGGAAGAAAUUGUGAUUUCGAACUUGACAUUUUUAGAUUCUCCAGCAUGGGGUAUACAUCCUGUGUAUUGCAGCAAUGUAACAAUCCGUAAUGUCACAAUCGAGACUGAAUUGGAUGCUCCACUCACCAAUGGAAUUGUCCCAGAUUCAUGCUCGAAUAUGUGCAUUGAGGACAGCAGAAUUAGCGUCGGUCAUGAUGCCAUCUCAUUAAAAAGUGGGUGGGACAACUAUGGCAUUACAUUUGGAAGGCCAACCUCAGAUAUUCACAUUAGUAGAGUGGAUCUGCAAGCCUCACUGGGAGCUGCUCUUGCAUUUGGCAGUGAGAUGUCUGGUGGGAUCUCGGAUGUUCAUGUUGAUCACCUUCAUAUUCAUGGUUCAUCCAAAGGUAUAUCCUUCAGGACCGCACCAGGCCGUGGUGGUUAUAUAAGGGAUGCGACAGUAUCAGAUGUCCAAAUGGAAGACGUCCAUGUUGCAAUCGAGUUCACCGGCGAUUGGUCAAGCCAUCCUGAUGAACAUUUUGAUUUGUCUGCACUCCCGGAGAUCAGUGGAAUCACCUUAAAAGACAUGGUUGGAAAAAACAUUUCGUUUGCAGGAGUUUUGUCGGGAAUCGAUGGCGAUCCUUUCACCAAUAUCUGCCUCUCCAAUAUCAAUUUCAGCAUAGCUGAUUCAGCGCAUUCCGCCUCUUGGUCUUGCUCCAACAUUUCUGGAUACUCCGAGUCAGUAUUUCCUGAGGCUUGUUCCGACCUCCACAGUCAAUCAUCAAAUUCCUCCAUCUGCUCAUCCACCCUUAGCUACCAUGCCCUUGCGACAGCGUAAAUGCAUAUAGCACCCAAUAUUCAUCCUUUCAUGUUUCUGUCCAUGUACAAUCUAGAGACAUCUAGCUCUAGCUUCAUCACCAUCUUUCCCCCCAAAAAUUCUCUUCCGUUAUAGGUGCAUCAAAGAAUCAUCGGGCUUCAUACAGUCAGCUUUGAGGCUCAUAAUACAACAAUUUGGCUGGCGUCCUUGAUGAGUCCAGAGAGGUGUUUCCUUGUACAGUUACAUUUGUUCAUUCAAUCUGUAAGAAAUUUUGUCCGGUAGGUUGUCGAGUCCAAAGAGUUGGUUUAUAUUGCUGUUUAUUUUAUUGCCAUAUAUAAAAUAAACAUUAUACAAUAUGUUAAGGUGACCCUGUACAUCUUGUCAUCAUCAUCUUGUGAGCAUCCAAUAGAACAGCCUCACAUGUUAUCCUGGGAUGCACAGGCUGGCCCCUGUAGCCCAGCAUGCUCCUUGUCCUGGCUGUCAAAUAAAUUGGUAUCAAUGGGGUUGUUAGGCCGGUUUUGAUGG